AUGAUGGCUCAACCGCCAUUAGACAAGAAUUUAGAAUGGAGUCAGAAUUUGAACGUCACAGUUAUGUGCAAGGACUGCAAGGAGAUUCCACCUAAUCUCGUUGAAGAAUUUUCUUCAGGAGAUUUGGUCUGCGAUACAUGUGGUGUAGUUAUUGGUGAUCGAAUUGUCGAUACCCGCUCUGAAUGGCGUACAUUCUCCAAUGAUGACCAGGGGAAUGACGAUCCAUCCCGUGUUGGUGACGCUGCUAAUCCUCUCUUGAACGGUUCUCAACUUUCCACCACAAUCGCUUUUGGCGACAGCAGCGUACGCAGUCGUGAGCUCUACCGCGCCCAAGGUAAACAAGGUACAGACAAAUCAACAAAGGCUUUACUCGCAGCCUACAAAGAAAUCGGCGCUCACUGUGAUGCUGUCAACAUUCCAAAAAACGUUUCGGAUACCGCAAAGCACCUUUUCAAACUUGUCGAUGACGCCAAAGCCUUCAAAGGUAAAUCCCAAGAAGCGAUCAUUGCUGGCUGUAUCUUUAUCGCUUGCCGUCAGUGCGGUGUUCCCAGAACCUUCCGCGAAAUCUACGCUUUGACGAAGGUUUCGAAGAAGGAUAUUGGUAGAACUUUCAAAGCACUUGAGAAAUUCUUUGCUUCGGACAGUUCGGCCAAGAAGGCGACUGCUGAUGCUACUGGUGCUCUUGCGGCCCCAGAUGGUUAUCAGACAACCACGUCAACCAAUGCCAAAGAUCUCUGUACUCGUUACUGCAGUCAACUUGGUCUUAAGAGUCAACAGUUCGUCAAGAUAUCCCAAGGCCUUGCUGAAAAGGUUUCUACCGUCGGUGAUCUCGCUGGUAGAUCGCCUUUGUCAGUUGCAGCCGCUUGCAUCUACAUGGCAUCAGCUCUCCUCGGAAAGCCAAAGUCUGCAAAGGAGAUAUCCCAAGUAGCUGGCGUUAGUGAUGGAACUAUCCGUACGGCAUACAAAUACUUGUAUGCGGAUCGAGAGAAACUCAUUGAACCUGAGUGGAUUGCUGAUGGCAAGGGCAAAAUGGAGCUCCUACCGGUUAGUUAA